AUGGAUAAUGAAAAUAUCGAAGAUGCGAAUCUCGAAAAUAGAACAAAUGUCAUAUAUGAUUCAGAAUUUCAAGUAGGUCAAAUCACUUUUACUGACCUAUAUCAUCCUGAACCAAUACAAAUACCAACUCGUGUCAGGGAAGAGUUAGAAAAUAGACAACAUAUCUGUGUCACAUCUCUUUCUUGUGUUGCAGUGCAUCAGUUGUAUCUUUUGGAAUUAAUAUCACAACAUAGGCCUAGGCAAAUUAAUGACGACAACUUAGAAAGAGAACUUAGGCGUACUCAAUUAAUGACACAGUUACUGGAGUCUGAAAAGUGCCGAGAUGUCAUACGUAUGGGCCCUGAAGCAUUUAGGCAGUUGUGUCAGAAAUUAAGAGGAACUGGUAGAGUAAAAGAUUCAACUCGUUCUACGGUUGAAGAGCAAGUCACUAAAUUCCUACAUAUUAUAAGGCAUAAUGUGAAAACUAGAACCAUGUCUUUCUUCUUCCACCGGUCAGGAGAGACAAUUAAUCGUCACUUUCACAAUGUCUUACAUGCUAUUCUAUCAUUAGAGGGAGACUUCUUCAGGCAACCAUCUGGUGAGGAAGUUCCUUAUGAAAUACUUAAUAAUAGUCAAUUCUAUCCGUUUUUUAAGGAUUGCAUUGGAGCCAUAGAUGGAACUCAUAGUCGUGUGAAGGUACCAAGGGUGGACGCCCCUCAUUUUCGCGGACGAAAAGAUCACCCAACACAAAAUGUUUUAGCGGCCUGUGGUUUUGAUAUGAAAUUCACUUAUGUGUUGUCCGGUUGGGAAGGAACUGCCUCUGACUCAAGAAUAUUGAAAGAUGCUUUAAGUAGGGAAUAUCCACUUCGAAUUCCCGAAGGAAAAUUUUAUCUAGGCGAUGCUGGAUUCAUGCUGAAGCCUGGGAUACUUACACCAUAUAGAGGUGUUCAGUAUCACCUGAAAGAGUAUUCACUACCUGGCGACACUGAACCAUAUUAUUCAUUUGAAACUAUGAGAGAUAUUUUUUUGGCAUGUUGUAUACUGCAUAACUUUUUGAUGGGUGUUGAUGUUGAUCAAUCUAUAAUUGAUGAGGUUGAUAGAGAAUUGCUACAAGAACGCAAUAUAGAUAGAUCACAACCAAUUCAACAACGUGAUGAGGAAUAUAGGCAUGCAGCAUUAUUACGAGAUAACAUUGCGGUUGAAAUGUGGAAUGUGUAUCAAACAUUAUGA